GCCUCAUCACUCAGCUUUGCUUUUGCGCACCCGCUGGCUCACAUCACUGUUGCCGCUGCGACGAACGUGGCCGUUGUUGUUUGUUGUUUGUUGUUCACCUGUUUGUUGUUGUUUUGUGGUGGUGCUGUUGUUGAUGCAGCAGGGCGGAGGGAACAACGUGAGGGGUGCGAGCGAUUUCAGAAUGCUGGAGGAGGAGGAUGGAACCGCACUCCCCGAUGGAUGGGACAAAGCCUGGGACCCAGAGACGGGCAAGGUGUUUUACAUCGACCAUGCAACACAAACUACAACGUGGCUUCAUCCACGGAUGAGCGAGCUUGACAACACAAACAUCAGCACCAGCAGUGCUCGGGUUCCUGGGCCACAAGCACGAGAGGUCUUUGUGGAUGCAAAUGGGCAGUUUCGUCUCCCAAGCGGCUGGAGCCGGGGCUACGACGAGGUGGUGGGCGACUACUUCAUCGACCACCACACGUGGAAGACGUACUUGCCGGAGGACCUGUUGCUGCGCCUGCCUGAUGCAAAGGCGAGGGCUGCGCUCCGGGAAGCGCUGGAGCUGGAGCUGGAGAAGAUGGAGACCACCAUGAGCGAGGUGAAGCAGCAUUCGGUGAGCGGCGACACCAUGGCGCAGGUGCUGCUGCGUGACCUGCGUUUGACUUCCAGGCGCAAGCGGAGGUCCGUGCGCAUGACGCAGGACAUUUCACUCCUCCUCGACAUCCACAGCAGCACAGCUGACACAGUUGACGGAAGCCACACAGACCAGCAGUCUGUUGUUCCAUCUGAAACGCACACGCAUGAGCAUGGGCACCACCAUUAUCACCACGAGCAUCACCACAAGCACGACGCAUCGACACAACCACUGCCGCAGCAGCAGCAGCAGCAGCAGCAGCAGCAGCAGCAGCAGGGCAGACAGCAGCAACAACAACAGCAACACGCAGAAGAAACGGAGACGGAAGAUCGGACAGAUGAGGAGCGUGAGGUUGAGAAACGGCUCGAGCGGGAGGUGGUGGAACAAGUUGAGCUGCAGACCACUGCAUCUGCCGUGGAGGGCAACUCCCAAGCGACCCACCACUACGACCAGCAACAGUCACAUGGACAACAAGGACAGCAACAACAACACCACCACCACCACCAUCACCACCACCACCACCACCACCAUCACCACCACCACCACCACCAUCAUCACCAUGCUUCGGCACGGGCGAACAGCAAAGACGAUGACAGCCGCGAUGGGAACAUAUCGCAGCCACAACCUUCGCUCUCCUCGCCAGUGCUCGUGUUCUCACCGCCACACGCAUCAGCUACGACUACUGCUCGCGGCGACAGCACACCGCCCUUUGUACCCACGUCCACGCCCAAGCGCAAGGCCGUACUGGGUGGCGGCGACGACGCACACGGAAACGGCAGCGGGUGUGAGGAUGGUCAGGGCUUGACCGACAGCGACGGUGACACCAGCACCACCAGCAGCAGCAGCAGUAGCAGCGGCAGCGAAUGUGAGAGCGACGGCAGCGACGAUCGCAGCACAACGCGCAGCACCAAUGCCGACAGACGUACCAGGGAGGAAACGUCAGACAGAGAGGACAGGAGGGCCUCUGUAUCUCACGUCCACCUUGAGCCCGCAGAGGCAGACGAGCUGGAGUCUGUGCUGGCAAGCUCAAAGCCGCUGAAGGGAUGGAUUGCGCAGCAGCCGCCACACGUGCAGCGCAUCUUCCGCAACAAGGGGCGGGCGCAGCAGGCGGUGGUGGCGCAAAAGCUGCUCCGUGCAGAGAACCUGCGCCGGAAGAAAAGCAUGCUGCACCAGCUUGCGCCGUCCAAGUCUUCCGUGGAGGAGAAGCGAGCAAGCUUCAGCACGCUCCCCGCCCUUCGAUCAACCUCCGCGCACGAGUUUGCGCCAAGCAUGCAAAGCAACAGCAGCGCGGGACAGCGGCAGGGGCGACGGUGCAACAGCACGAGCAGCACCGGCGAUGAUGGCAUGGGCGGACUCGUGCGCGCCAAGCGUUCGUCCUCUUCCUUGUCGGCGUCAUCCUACGUCCAACGCACCAGUGCUGAAGAGCUCAAGGACGCGACCACCACCGCAUUGUCGGAAGCUGACCACGACGCCACGACCGACGAGAGCGAGAUGGCGGCGCGGCCGUUGAACGCUCUCAACUCAAGCGCCAACAUCAGCAACAGCAAUAGCAACGCCAACGUCGCUGCUCCGGCUGCUGCGAAGUGUCCCCACACCAGAAAAGGCAAUGCCUUUAACAGUACACAAUAA